AUGCGCAGUACGCCUCUCGAAAAUCGACCGCGACUUCCCCGCAUAGCCCUAAGCAAGCGGAAUCGGGCUGUCGUGAGGGCUCUGAACCCAAUGCUGGUGACCUAUUUGGAAGCCAGCCGGGACCUUGACUCAAUUCCUUUUGGCGCCGUACUGGCAGUCUGCCGUAUUAUAGGCGUCAACCUCUCCACGGCUGGACGCGCUACUGGACAAAGUAGUGCUAUCCCAGCCUGGAGAAUAAGAAUUGAAGAACCUAUCGCAAAGGCUAGGGCCCUCAUCGGCAGACUGAUAUGCUUCAAGUCAGGCAAUACCAGGCCAAGGAUUGUGCGCACCGUCAGGAUGGCGUUUGCUGGGACAAAUGUUAGUUUGUCCCAGCCGGAUAUAAUGCAAAAACUGACUAAUGGAAAGUGGAUUCGGCGAUAUACCGAGAGGUCGACACGGUUCAACAAGAAUCGUCUCUUCCAGAGUGAUCAGAAGAGGCUUUAUAAAUCAUUGGAGCGACCAAUGGUAAGUGGAACGGGCCCAGCACCGAAUCAGGCCGACACGGUCGCAUUCUGGCGCAGCCUGUGGUCAGAGCCCGUAAACCACAGUGAAGGCCCUUGCACGGAAGUUGUGGCGAGUCAGUGUGCGGGUAUAAAGCUCAUCCCGUCGUCAUAA